AUCAAAACUGACAACCAUAACCGGAAAACCCACCAUACAAUUCUGUGAAGUGCUGCUGGGUUUCCGAUUGCUUUAUGCAACGGUGAAAUUCAGGAUAAUCUUCACUUUGCCACUCUCCUUGCUUCUUGUUCUCCUUUGCUAGGGCGCCUUUUUGCUGGACAUCGCUUGCGGUCCGUGCUCAAAGUUGUACUCUUCCCUAUUCUCAUCUUGGUCAUAAUGGCAGCAGUUUCGGCGCGUUCAGCUCUGCCUUCCUUGAAACAGAAUCAUGUAUCGCCGCACCGGGUGCAGUCUGUAGAGACAGCGGUGCUACCGUCUUGCUGCAAUUACAAGAAACAAGGACUGUCAUUGUCUAGAGCUUGUCAAAAUGUUGCAAAGAAAGGUUUGGGGGGCUUCUCAGCAUUGCGCACGCUGUCAGCUUGGGGCGGGAAGCAGCACUUGGGACAGUUUCCUGCAGGUCUCUUGCAAGGCACAUCACGACGAGGCGUUUCUAGAACAGCCGCCAGGGGUCUCGUCACCGCAUCGUUGCUUGGAGUGGGGGCCCCGGAGGCCCUUGUGAUUGGCGUUGUUGCGUUGCUCGUCUUCGGGCCGAAGGGACUGGCCGAGGUUGCGAGAAAUCUGGGCAAGACGCUCAAGACGUUCCAACCGACGAUCAAGGAACUCCAGGACGUAUCACGGGAGUUCAGAAGCACACUGGAGCAAGAGAUUGGGCUUGACGAAAUAAGGGACCCGUACAGAACCCCACCUCCCCCCCCCCAGCAACCAGCUUCCCUGCCCACUUCAGCUACCCCCCCGGCAGCAGAAGCCGCACCCAAGCCAGCUCCGGGCAAAGAGGAAGACCGACCAUCGCCGCGUGCUUACACCACCGACGAGAUGUUGCGGGUAACGGAGGACCAAGCGAAGGCGUUGGUUUCGGAGGAUAAGAGAAAAGCUGCGGAGGCUGCUGCUUGGGGCGGUCAAGUACCAAGUGCACGGGCGAACGACGGGGCCGCAGAGAAGCCUGCGGAAGCAGAAAAAGUGGGGAGCACGAAAGAGUCGUCGUCAUGAGCUGUCAUUCGAUGGUCAACUUUUUUGGGAAUCUGAUUGCAUCACUGUUGAACUUGUGUAGGCUUGAAGAACGGUUUGAAAUAUUAUGCGUGCAUGAGAAUGAGCCUAUUCUGAUUCAGGUUGCAAGAUGACGCAGUUGAGAGCAGCGGUCGGAAAGAUAUGAUAGGCUUGUAAAAUAGUGGUAAUUUGGCACCAUUCAGCUGCUCUCAAGCCGUCGCAGGACAUUGUUGUAAUCCCUGCUCCCAAAGCACUGCAUUUUCGAUGGUAGGUCGGCCUACAUCGGGCAUGCUCGGGCUGGCGGCCGCCAUGACGAGUCACAGAUGGAAUCGCGUUUCGCCUCCAUGAUUAGCCUAGGCCGGGAGCGCAUCAUGCGUGGCGGGUCAAAGUAUCCAGGCAAUAUGGCCGCCACGUAAAUCAGCAUUACUAGCUAGUAUGGGGCGCCUGGCCAGCUAUACAUUGAGUCUCUGAUCGACGUGACUAGCUCAUGGUGGCAGUGGUCGGGCUAGGUACGCACUGC